UUGCGGAUUACUUUUCUUUCUUAUCUUCAUCCGGGAAAGCAUUUUCCUUGAAUAGCUUCUGCUCUUCUUCUCCUCUCUUCUCAUUUUUACUUUUAUCUCAUUAUCCUUACAUACUUGAUUAUUAUUUUAUAACAAAACUUGAAAUGUUUUGGAUUGUUUGACUAUUUUUUAAUUGUUAUGAAAAGACAAAAAGAAGUCAGGAAAUUCAAGCGAAGCGGCCAUAAAAUUGAGUUGUCCUUUUGAAAACGAGUCAUUACCGACUUCCAUGUCACAGUGAAAACGCAAGAAUCAAGAUGCAAACUUCAUUUUUUAUUUUGAAAUUAUUGGCAUGCUAGCCCCACCACAAUACAUUCGUGACCUCACAUUCACAACUCACACUCGCGGUCGCCACCCCACCCUAUCGAAACAACUCAGUUUGAAUCUAGUUCUCUAGAGGGAGUUGAUAUACGAAAGGGAUGGUUGUAACGUGUGAGCGUAGGCAAAAUCACUUGCAAAUCUAAAGAGAGUGGUACUGAAGACUGAUUCAUUCACGAGCAUCUGUAAUGUAGGUUUUAUUCAUAUUGGCAGAGCAUCGAAAUUCUUGGAAGAUUGACCAUAUAAUAGAGAAGCUAGUCUUCUAAAACAUUGACCAAGACUCACUGUUUUGAUGCUUCUUCGUUGCUUCUUAUCCAAAGGUAGGAAUCUGUGUGGUGCUUAUUUCUCCUUUCUUGUGCACAAGGCAAACAGUGACUAAUAAUUUUCAUUUUUAUUACUCAAACUACCAUUGUUAGUCCUGUAAUUGAAAUAAAAUUUGCAAAAGAUUUCUCUAAACACCCACACAGACAUGGAUGAGAGGUUGCAGAAUGUUGCCAUGGAAGGAAAUGUGGAUGCAUUAUAUUCAGCACUUGCAGAGGAUCCUUAUGUUUUAGAGCGUAUUGAUCAAGUACCAUUUGUGACUACUCCCUUGCACACAGCUGCAAGGGAGGGAAAGAUCCAUUUCGCCAAGGAGAUACUAAACUUAAAGCCUUCAUUUGCUUGGAAGCGAGACCAUCUUGGGCGUAGCCCCCUCCACUUGGCUUUGGAGGGAAAGCACCUGCAGGAAGGGCUUAGUCCCCGGGAUUUGGAUUUGGAGGAGAAGUACCAGGAACUCGUAACAUGGUUGAUAAAACAUGACAGUGAGGUUGUCCGUGUUAAAGCAAAGGGGAUGGUUACUCCUCUGCACUAUGCAGCUCAACUAGAUGAUGAAUCCAGUUUGGCUGACUUUUUGUAUGUUUCUCCAUUAUCAAUCGAAGAGUUGACUGUUAAAUCUGAAACUGUUUUACAUGUCGCUGUAAAAAACGGGAGUUUGAAAGCCUUUAAAGUCUUGUUAGGAUGGCUUCGACGCUUCAACAAAGAGGAGAUCCUGAAGUGGAAGGACGAGGAAGGAAACAAUCCAUUGCACACUGCAGUGUCUGCAGAUCAACCUGAGAUGGUGAAGCUGUUGAUUGGAUAUCUGAAAGUGAAUAUAAAGAACAGUAAAGGUUUGACAGCUUUGGACAUCUUCUACGUUCGCCGAUGUCAAGGUUUGGUAGAUGCAGCAGUUGGGGACAUUCUACUUGCUGCUAAUGCUAAAACUGCUCGUCAACUCCAUCGUCCGUCUUUAAGAGAUGCAAAAAGAACUUUACUAGUCGAGUACUUUUCUGGUGGCUUACCGUUUUCAGAAAAAAUUCUGAAAAGAUUCUCGCUUGGUUACCGAAGAGUUGAUGAAGUUCCUCUUGAAGUCCGAAACGUAUUGCUUGUGGUGGCUAUAUUGAUAGCCACAGCCACCUAUCAAGCAGCACUAAGUCCCCCCGGAGGAUAUUGGCAAGAUAACGGCAAUCCGCAGCCUGCAGCCAACAAUACUGGUAUCAGCAACACCACCGCCGCCACUAUCAGUAACACCACCAGCACCAGCUUUAAUACAGAACCUUCUGAACAACAUGCUGCAGGGGAGAUGAUUCUGGGGUCUUCAGAACAAUUAUCAUUUUUGACAUUUAAUUCUUUGGCCUUUUUUACGUCUGUGUGCUUUAUUUCCACUCUUGUAGUUGGCCUCCCAUUUUACAGUAUCAUUAUCGCAAUGACGUCUUGGAUGGAAUUUUCUUAUUAUUCUUCUAUUCGUGAAACUAUAGGCGACAGCGGAAGUUUCUUUGUAGGCUUCUUUAUCUUUUUUCUGGUUGUAAGUUUUCUUGCAACAUAUUGUAUCCCAUCUUUCUUAGCUAGCCAACAUUCGAAGCUCACACGGCAUGGCCUCCGGAAGAACCUACGUUUGGGAAGCUUUGAGCAAACUAAGAUAUGAAAUCAGCUGUAAAUAGUAAUAGUGAAUUUAUAUAUUGCUCUGCCACUUGUUUAUGUUUUGUAAUUGCUUGUAAUGUUACAACAACUCUCUGGAUAUAUUUAAUGGACUCGUCUCUUUCACCAUUCAAAUGGGA